GGGAUCUCCGCACCACCAUUGGAACAACAGAGGGCAGCCAUAACAACUUACAACUUGAUUGAAAGUUAUCUGUGUCCGCGUGCUUCAAUACAAGCCUUAGACACUACAGCUACAUUUUGUGCCAUUGACUUUGAGCACUGGUUGAGAUGUGGUACUUGUGGAGUUUCAUUGAGUGGUUGCUCCACACGUGGGACGGCAGAGAACGAACACCAGCUGAGGUUAAACCCAUACUGUGUCAAACGGCACAACAACAACAACCUUGGAUAAAUGGUGAACAAAUGGUAGUAGUCAGUAUUGUUUUUAUGUCGGUAAAUGUUAACUUGAGACAAUUUGUGGGUGUCCCCUAUCUCGGGCCAGAUGAUGAGAUAAUACUGGGCGACACUGAACAAGAUCUCACAGUAAAUACCAACAGCAGAGAUGUCAUCCAGCUGUCUAACAGCAGUGACGUCAUCCAGCUGUCUAACAGCAGUGACGGCAUCCAGCUGUCCAACAGCAGUGACGUCAUCCAGCUGUCCAACAGCAGUGACGUCAUCCAGCUGUCCAACAGCAGUGACGUCAUCCAGCUGUCCAACAGCAGUGACGUCAUCCAGCUGUCCAACAGCAGUGACGUCAUCCAGCUGUCCAACAGCAGUGACGUCAUCCAGCUGUCCAACAGCAGAGAUGUCAUCCAGCUGUCCAACAACAGAGAUGUCAUCCAGCUGUCCAACAGCAGUGACGUCAUCCAGCUGUCCAACAGCAGUGACGUCAUCCAGCUGUCCAACAGCAGUGACGUCAUCCAGCUGUCCAACAGCAGAGAUGUCACCCAGCUGUCUAACAGCAGAGACGUCAUCCAGCUGUCCAACAGCAGUGACGUCAUCCAGCUGUCCAACAGCAGUGACGUCAUCCAGCUGUCCAACAGCAGUGACGUCAUCCAGCUGUCCAACAACAGAGAUGUCAUCCAGCUGUCCAACAGCAGUGACGUCACCCAGCUUUCCAACAAGGCCAUUCUAGAUCCACCAGAGGAAAGUGACCUGCACAAUGUAAGCUCCCAAACAGAAGAGUUUGAGGACUGUGAAAGUCUCGCUGACUUUCCGAAGACCUUGAGAGACAGCAGAGACAGCAGCGGCAGCAAGGACAGCCAGGACAGCAGGGACACAUGGAGCCUUAGUACACUAUUAAGGGAAACAAGUUGCGUCAGCGCCUGUUACAUUUGCGGCUGGAGCGGAUCUGGCACUGAAUCCAUUCAAAUUGCCUGCUGUAACAGUUGCGCUUAUAGAGCGCGUAGUUUGAAAAACACGUUUGAACCACCAGAAUACACAGCCCGGGACGAUUUGGGCUGGGGUCGGGCCAGGAAACGAUUGAAACUAGCAGGGACCCGGGGCAGGAGGAUGCUGGACCCUCGGGCGUCUCGACGUAACUGGUUGCUUACCUUGAGAAAACGGGCAAAAUGAGUCGACCGGGCUGCACUGUCAACAGUACUUUGUUAAGCCGGCUAAUAAGGGAAGCUGUGAGCAUAGCACAUCACUUCACUAUAGGGUUUUACAGAACUUCAUUAUGCUUGGUUUUAAGGGCAUAGCACAUCAUUUUACAUCGUUUUACCGGGUAAUAAGGGUCUCACUGUGAACAAAAGUUCAUUAUAAUAAAAGCAGCACUGACACCAACACAAG